AUGGCAGCAGCCGUGUCGUUCUCCAGCUGCCUUCUUGCAGCAUGGGUCUUCUUCCCUGCUGGAGAAGGGGCGACGGCCGGCCAUGCUCUGGCAUCCCUCUCUUGUACGCAGGCAUGUCCGGUCAUCACGGGGACCGAGGACCCAUGCAGCGAUGAAGAGUGGUGCCACAACAACGGGGUUUGCAUCAACGAUGCCAGGAACGCCAAUUUUAAGACAUGCGUCUGCCGUCCAGGGUUCAGGGGCGAUCGAUGUGCGGAGGUCGGCACUGCAGGUCAAAACGAGUUGUCGUUCUAUUCGUGGGCCAAUGAGAUCUACAUCUUCUUCCAGGCCGACAUCUAUUCGAUGCCACAUACUCAGGUGUGGCAAAACGUCUUCGACAUUGCGAACAUCUCCUGGCCUUUGAGCUGCGCAGGAGCAGAAGCAGACGGCCUAGCCGGGAGCUGGAAGCUUACGGCCUCAGGGCUGUGGGCCGGGGCUUUGUGCGAGUCGAACACUCAGCAGCUGGAUCAAGGGAACAGCAUUACACGCUACACGGCGACCGGAACAAUGACGGCAGUGGACCCCAGCCAGGCCUUCUGCGCGAACCAAGCAGAGAGCUGCGGUGGCGUCACCACAACGGUUUCGCUGCAAGACGUAGCUGCUGGCGACCUUCUUGUGGUGGAGUACAAUGCCACGGGCCAGAACGGAGCGGCCUACCAGAUGUUGUUCAAACUCCAAGGCCCAGACUCCACUUAUGCCUGGCUCGAGCGUGGACUGGGCCCGGCCUCAGAGGUCGUCACUGAUGCCACCCCCCGGGUCUUUGCGGUUCCUUUGGACAGCGCAGGAAGCUACACGCUCACUGCCUCGAUUGGCGUCUACGACUACACGGGUGGGGGUGGUAGUCACACGGCCAUGGUGGACAUCAUCGGUUGGCAGCUUUCUACCAGUGAAGCAUUGCAAUUCUGCGAUUGCAGCUCCACGCUCGACCACAAGCUCCACGACCACAAGCUCCACGACCACAAGCUCCACGACCACAAGCUCCACGACCGCAAGCUCCAGGACCGCAAGCUCCAGGACCACAAGCUCCAGGACCACAAGCUCCAGCACCACAAGCUCCAGCACCACGAGCUCCAGCACCACGAGCUCCAGCACCACAAGCUCCAGCACAGAAUCCAGGACCAUGACAAGCUCAACGACCACAAGCUCCGUGACCACCAGCUUCACGAACACGAGCUCCAGCACCACGGUUUCCACGACCGCGAGCUCGUGGACAACGACCUGGAGGACCACAAGGUUGACCACCCGGUCCCGAACCACGAGCUCCACAAGCUCCACGAGCUCCACGAGCUCCACAAGCUCCAACAUCAUCACCUCAACAAGCGCAACCGCCAGCACCUUGUCACUCACCACGACGACGACGUCGAGCACCGGCAAGUUGUCCUACGAGUACGCGAUGCCACUCUUUUCUCGACUUCCGGAAAUCUGGAAGUUGAGCACGCAUGUGCAGGAAAUGCUCCUCCGGACGGCUUCCGACAGCCUCCUGGUGGCUUCAAGGAAAAGAGAGUGAAGGAAGCCACCAAGCCUGACCAGGACCCGCCGCGCGGAGGAACGAACGUCCGAGAUUGGAGACCGGCGGAGCUGGUCCUGGUCCUCUGGGCCGCGGCCGCGCUCGGCGCGGAGGCCCCCGCGGCCGUGCUGGCGCUGCGGAAGCGCGGCUGGGAGGCGCUCUCAGCUCGCGACUUGUCGCUCGUGGCUUGGAGCUUCGCGGCCACGAGCUCCAGCGACCUGGGAGAAAUGGAAGCCCUUGCAGCAGCUGCAACUCCAAAGAUUCACGAGUUCGACGCGCAAGGUCUCUCCAACCUUUGUUGGGCCCUGGGAUGUGCCAAAGUUGCCGACCGGGCUCUUUUCAGACAAGCGGGCCGCAUCGUGGCGCGCGGAGGCCGCGCGGCCUACUCCGCGCAGCAGAUGGCUAACAUUUGCUGGUCGUUUGCAUCACUGGCAUUCUUCCACCGCCCGCUUUGCGAAGAGGCAUCCAGCUUCGCGAGAGAGAACCCCGCCAGCCUCCGGUCUGAGGAGAUGUCUGCCCUCGCGUGGUCGAUGGCGACGCUGGACUUCCGAAGUGUGGGGCUGGCGGCGCGAGCCCAGGAGGCUCUGGCGGGCGCGUCCUCGCGCGAGGGCUCCAACCUGGCGUGGGCUUGCGCUGUGCUUGGAGACCACCGGGAGGAUGUUCUUCGGGAGUCUGCGAAGCUGCUGCAGGCAGAAGGCGAGUCAGCACAGGAUCUACACUUGGGCAGUGGUAUCUGGCCCACCUGGCCUACACUUUGGAGACUCCGUCGCGUGAAGGUCUCUUCUUCACGGAGGCGUGGCUGCAGAGAUGCCGGGUUGCAGCUCAACGCCGGGCAACGACGCAACGGGCAAUGUCCUCCCGCCUGCACAGCUCCGUCUCCGAAGAGGUGCGACGGCUCUGCGGCCCCUCGGAGCUUGUCAUGGACGAGAUGCUGGUGA